CCCAGAUUCCCCUACUGGCCUUUUAAACGCCCGCCAAUACUUAUCAAAUCUACCCUCGAUUAUUUGUAGAAUUAAUGUUUUCUACCCUAGUUAUCUCUGCGUUAUUCUCCUUAGUGUUAAUUAAACUUCAUGACAGUAACUUGUUAAUGCUAUUUGUGUGCCUAUUUUCAAUUAAUUUUGCGGUUUUAAGUGACAGUUAAUAAAAUAUUUCGAAAUAUGGCUUCUAAGAGGUAAGUUUUUAUUAGUUUUUCGAGAUAUUAUUGUUUAUUACUUAUAGCUUUAUUGAGACGUAAGUACAUAUUAGUCAAGAAAUGGAAAAUAAAGUAUCUUACAAGAGUUUUUUAUAUCAAUUUUGAUCUUGAAAGUUUAUGGUCGUUUAAACGCCCAGUAGGAGAAUCAACGUCUGUUAUGUUUUUCAGGCCGCGCUAUAUGAAACCGUUGAGAUUGAUUGAAAUUAUCGAAGAGCUGGAGUGUAUUGACGAUAACGAUCAAUUACCAAGUGGCGUAGCUAUUUUACCACCUGAAAAUGCGAACGCUGAUGUAACUGAUGAGGAUUCUGGAGGCGAAGAAGUUGUAACUUGGCAUAAUCUUCUAGGUUCUCAGCUGAAAGCUCAAGCGGACCUGAUCUAUUCAGACGACGAAUCUUUUGACAUUGAACAUGAAUUGCCUUUGUCUACGAUAGCCAAAAGAAGAUGUACAGGCAUUGUAUCUAUUGAUGAAGCUGCGGAUCCCCCGGAACAGACUAUAUCAAAUGUCACUGCACCUACCGAAUGUGAUACACCUCUUAUAGCCGUGACAGUGCCACGUAAUCAAAAAUAUCAGUGAAGGAAUCGUCACAAUGCACAUAGAUUCCUAGAGGGGCAAAAAAUCGAGAUUGAGCUGACCAAAAUAUAGGACCAGCAUCAGGGGGGAAAAUGGUAUUUUCCAUUGCUGUGUCAUUGCCUCGACAUGGCUGUUCACAAUGCUUGGCAGUUGUACAAGGCUGAUAGUGGCGAAUAUUAUCAUCUGACUUAUCGCAGGGCGGUAGCAAGAAGCUUACUGGAGAACUCUGGUGACGUAUCAAAAAACGGAAAAGCGUGGUCCACGUCCAACGUCAAGAAACUACCGUGAAACGUCCC